AUGACGAAUACUCUAGUAAAAGAGAAGUAUCCUAUUCUGCCACCGUUCCCAAUUAUUCUACCUUUUUCCUUUUAUUUCUUGUUUUGUUCUCCACAGUGGAAGAAUCGAAUACUCACUUUCUGUUUUCUGCCAGUUUGAUCUCUACAUUUAUCAGGUAUCGAACUGAAUCCGGGAACCACACUAGAUUUCAACGAUCCAAACUGUUUGCUGAGACAUAGUCCCCUCAAAUAAUACACAAAAUGAGCAAGUAUACGCAAACGAACACCUCUUCUGCAUCAUCGGGAUAUGAAGAGGGUAGAUGGGGUACAUGGGUGAUGGGAACCCCUGCAAAUCCAGGCAUACAUCCUGUAAAUCAGCAGGCAGCCAACUGGGUUGCGCAAGAAGCAACUCCGUCUGCAGUACAGAUCGGGAGUAGUACUACAACACAACAGCAACAAUAUAUGCAAUAUUCAGGACCUCCUCAUGCCGUCACAGGCACUGUUACUUAUCACCAGACAACGCCUUCACAGAGCAAUCCUUAUGUAGCAACAACAGCAGCCCCUGGAUCGAAUGGAAAGAGUCCCAUGGACAUGAUUCAGAACGUUUUCAACAAAUGGAGCAAGGUGUUUGACGACAAAUUGAAGAAUGUGGAGAAUUUUGCUGGCAACAUUUGGCAUCAUUUGAGAACUGGUCCCAGUCUUACGGACACAGCCAUGGGAAGAAUAUCGCAAGGAACCAGAGUUCUAACUGAAGGUGGGUAUGAAAAGAUCUAUCGACAGACAUUUGAGACUAUCCCAGGAGAACAACUUCGGAAGUCAUAUGCAUGCUAUUUGUCAACAACUACAGGGCCUGUUAUAGGAACACUAUAUUUGUCUACUGUGAAGCUUGCUUUUUGCAGUGACAGUCCUCUUGCAUACAGUCGUUAUCCUGGUCAGACAGAAUGGAGUUAUUAUAAGGUGAUGGUGCCACUUAGCCACGUUAAGGCUGUUAAUCCUUCUGCAAACAGGUUGAACCCUGCAGAGAAAUACAUUCAGAUAAUCACAAUUGAUGACCACGAGUUCUGGUUAAUGGGUUUUGUUAGCCAUGACAAAGCACUAAAGAACCUCCAGGAAGCAACAAGACAUCAGGAUUCCUAAAAUUCUAGCAGAUUACUGUAAAGGCAUUGCACUUGCAAUUUAUUUUUAUCUGUAAAUAGCAUUGCUUGUUCAGCAUUUUGUCAUUUACCUUAUACUCUUAUUCGUAGUUAAAUCCAUGCAUAUUGUGCGUAGCUUUCACACAAUUUUUCUGAAUGGUAAAUAUGAAUUGAAAAGAGGACUUGUAUCUGUAAAUCUGUCGCCUUAGGAUUGAAUAGCUAACAUUCAGAAUACUUCUGAACUUUGGUAAAAUGGUCACGCGGUCAGGAAAAAGGCAAGAAACUUUAUUUGAUUUGUGUAAAUUAUGAGACUUCAUGUAAUUAUUUGGCAUUUCUUUUCA